UCUUCAACAUUCAUCUCGAAAGGAUAAUGCAAUACAUUUCAAAUGGAUAUGCCUUAUGUAGAUCCGUAUUCCUACGCAAAACCAGGUAUUGCUAGGGUAAUUCAUACCCAUUUAGAAUUAUUCGUCGACUUUGAUGAAACAGUCCUUCGCGGCACGGCAAUUUUAUUUAUAAAAACGAAAGCUAGAUGUGAAGAAAUAAUUUUAGAUAUCUACCAACUCAAUGAAGAUAAGAUGGAUAUCUCAGAAUACUCGAGUAAUGAUAAAUUAAAAUAUGACGUUAAACAAACUCCCCGUAAUAUUGGAGUAAAUGAAUUUGUUGUUAUUCAGAUACCGCAGAAAUAUAGAGGUCGUUUCACUGAAUUUAAAUAUAAAUAUUGCAAUGAGCCAUAUCAAAUUGACUAUAAUUAUGCAAUUUUGAUUACGUAUGAAACACGUAAAGAUUCUCCUGUACUGUAUUGGUUAAGAAGUGACCAAACUUCUGAUGGCACUCAUCCUUUGCUAAUAACUAACAACAAGUUUACAUAUGCCAGAGGAAUAUUUCCCUGUCAAGAUUCACCAUCUGUUAGAUUUACAUUCACCGCGGAGAUUUCUGUACCAAAUAAUUUCAAUACCGUUAUAAUAUGUGGGAGGACAUGUAGACUUAUAAUAAAUGAUGGAGACCGACAUAUAUACAUGUGUUUUGAAAUGUUUCCGAUGCCGUCAUAUGCAAUGAUUAUUAUGGUUGGUUCAUUAGAAACCAUACACCUUGAUUUACAACAUAACGUCAGUUUGUGGGCCGAAAAAAAAUAUAUUGAGCAAAGUAAAUCAUGUUUCGCAAAUUUCCAUCAUAUUCUUACUAUUGCCAAAGAAUUGUGUGGUCCUAUUUAUAUAAAUGACAAAGAUGAUGUACGUGAAUACAAUAUAUGUGUGCUUCCACCAAAUAUCCCAGAAAUUGAUUUGUCAUGUCUUUCAAUGAUAUUUGUGUCAUCAACUUUACUUAACGAAGAUUCCUUUUUGAUAUGCAGUACGAUUGCUCAAAAAGUUGCUCAGAAUUGGGCAGGAGGUUUAGUUACGUGUACAAAUUUUCAACAUUUGUGGUUAAAUAAAAGUUUUAGUACCUUCAUAUCUAGAAGAAUUGUGUAUUUUAUGUAUCAGCAAAAUAUAAUUCCUGAUAAAAUGUCAUUUCUGGAAAGAAAAACCGUUAACGAUCUUAUAAUUAAGAAACUAUCAAUAUUCUAUAAGUGGAUUUAUGGACCGAAUUUAAGACAUAUGUCUAUUGAAGAUCUAUGUACUUUGUAUCCCGAGCUGCAUUGUCUAAUGACAAAAAGUCAAGGAUACCUGUUAGCGACACAAGAAUUCUUAUCCCACUUAUAUGCAUCGAAUAUGGUUUUACCAGUUGCAAAGUUAUGGUGGCUACGUCGUAUGUUUCCACUUGACGAGCAAACUUGUGAAAAUCGGCUUCUUUUGCUACUUUUGUACAUAAAAAAUAAAUGGUUGGAAAUGAUUCAACCUGCUUUGGAAUUUGUCCGCGAAUAUUGUUCACCAAUGUUUGCGUGUCCAAUAUUUCGUGAAUUGUACAAAUUGGAAGAGACGCGUCACCUGGCGAUCUCAGGAUUUACAGCCAUUGUGGAGAAGAAAUGCAAAAUGCUUCCUCAAACCAUCCAAGAAGUAGCAUAUAUUCUUAAAAUUAAUUUAAAGGAUAUAUAUAUAUUAACAAGUGAAGAAAGUACUCUGCAUGUAAAAACAAGACAAUGA